AUGGCUGUAAGUAUUUAACUCUCUAUUCUGUAUCACAAAUUAGUCAUGAAAGUGGUCAGACUGCAGUGAUUCUAGUUAAUGAGAUUUCUGUCAUGUAACCUGACAAGUAUAGAGAGGCUAAAAGUCAGUGAACUAUGGCUUUUAUUCUAUUUAUCUAGAUUGAAGGGGCCAAUGAACAUGGAGUUACCGACAAAAUCCCAGCAAAAACAGGUAUAUGACAAACCCUUUACACCUUCACACUUCAAGUUUAAAAUAAGUAGUAUUUAACUAUAUCAUAUGUAUUUACUUUCUCUGAUGUCCAGAGUGGGGCACGUUAUGGAUCUCGAAAAAUGCUGCUGUUAUUUUGAUUUGCAUUUCAGAGUUCCUGAUGCAUAAGAAUUAUUGCAUUACAGAUUUUUUUUUACUAGACAUCCAAGUAUGUAUCUAUGACUCAAAAGAUACAGGCUACAGAUCUUUAGACCUGUUUCCUAUUCACCCAUCAUCCAUGUAGUGAUUGUGACUGGGGUGAAAUACUUUUUAUGUAAUCCUUGCAUGAACAGGGUCUAUAUGACCCCUCUACCAGGAGGGUUUAAAGUAGUGUGAGGAUGGCCAUGUAAAUCUUUACAGAGAGUUCAGAAACCUGCCUAUGAGCAACCAGCCCUUGCCUGACACAGAUACCACAGUACUUUAAAUGGUGCAUCAAACACCCUGAAUUUUCCCCACACAAGCGGACAGAUUUAAAAGGGAGAUAUAUUGGAAGUAAGUUCCUCGAUCCUCUUCAUACUUGAAGAUGUACAGUGACCCUUAAAUAAUUAAGUGUUAAUCACAAAAGUAAAUAUAUGCAAUGUGUGUAGUGUUCCUAACUUUACUGUGAUUAACUUUUAAGUAUGUACUUUACAAAUACAAUGUUAUCUAUACAUGUGCUAGCCAAAUUGCUUGUGAACAAGAAGUUUUUCCCAUUUUAUUUUUCUGACUUACUGUUGCAAGAAAAAGUAUGUGAACCCUUUGGAAUGAUAUGGAUUUCUGCUCAAAUUGGUCAUAAAAUGUGAUCUGAUCAUCAUCUAAGUCACAACAAUAGACAAUCACAGCCUGCUUAAACUAAUAACACACAAAGAAUGAAAUGUUGCCAUGUUUUUAUUGAACACAACAUGUAAACAUUCACAGUGCAGGUGGAAAAAGUAUGUGAACCCUUGGAUUUAAUAACUGGUUGAACCUCCUUUGGCAGCAAUAACUUCAACCAAACGUUUCCUGUAGUUGCAGAUCAGACGUGCACAACGGUCAGGAGUAAUUCUUGACCAUUCCUCUUUACAGAACUGUUUCAGUUCAGCAAUAUUCUUGGGAUGUCUGGUGUGAAUCGCUUUCUUGAGGUCAUGCCACAGCAUCUCAAUCGGGUUGAGGUCAGGACUCUGACUGGGCCACUUCAGAAGGCGUAUUUUCUUCUGUUUAAGCCAUUCUGUUGUUGAUUUACUUCUAUGCUUUGGGUCAUUGUCCUGUUGCAACACCCAUCUUCUAUUGAGCUUCAGCUGGUAGACAGAUGGCCUUAAGUUCUCCUGCAAAAUGUCUUGAUAAACUUGGGAAUUCAUUUUUCCUUCAAUGAUAGCAAUCCGUCCAGGCCCUGACGCAGCAAAGCAGCCCCAAACCAUGAUGCCCCCACCACCAUACUUCACAGUUGGGAUGAGGUUUUGAUGUUGGUGUGCUGUGCCUUUUUUUCACCACACAUAGUGUUGUGUGUUUCUUCCAAACAACUCAACUUUGGUUUCAUCUGUCCACAGAAUAUUUUGCCAGUACUGCUGUGGAACAUCCAGGUGCUCUUGUGCAAACUGUAAACGUGCAGCAAUGUUUUGUUUGGACAGCAGUGGCUUCCUCUGUGGUAUCCUCCCAUGAAAUCCAUUCUUGUUUAGUGUUUUACGUAUUGUAGAUUGCUAACAGGGAUGUUAGCAUUUGCCAGUGACUUUUGUAAGUCUUUAGCUGACACUCUAGGAUUCUUCUUCACCUCAUUGAGCAGUCUGCGCUGUGCUCUUGCAGUCAUCUUUACAGGACGGCCACUCCUAGGGAGAGUAGCUGCAGUGCUGAACUUUCUCCAUUUAUAGACAAUUUGUCCUACCGUGGACUGAUGAACAGCAAGGCUUUUCGAAAUACUUUUAUAACCCUUUCCAGCUUUAUGCAAGUCAACAAUUCUUAAUCGUAGGUCUUCUGAGAGCUCUUUUGUGCGAGGCAUCAUUCACAUCAGGCAAUGCUUCUUGUGAAAAGCAAACCCAGAACUGGUGUGUGUUUUUUAUAGGGCAGGGCAGUAUAAGCGUGCUUGUACCUAGAUUAAUACAGCAUCCGAGCAUACCACAAAAACAUCCAGGAUGUUAGGAAGAACUUUGAGAAAUCUACCAGGGUGAGCUAUGAGUCAAACAUCACCAUUUUAGGUUCAUUACCAGUUUCCAUGUAUUUUGAUAAAAAUGUCCUUUGAUCUGCUUUGGAGAGCACAGAGUAAACCCUGCCUCAGAUUAUCUCAUCUCAUUGGGCUCCAGUUGGCUGACAUCUCACUCCAUUUAGCUCUUGGAGAUGUCAUUAGUCUAAGGGUUCACAUACUUUUUCCACCUGCACUGUGAAUGUUUACAUGGUGUGUUCAAUAAAAAUAUGGCAACAUUGCAUUCUUUGUGUGUUAUUAGUUUAAGCAGACUGUGAUUGUCUAUUGUUGUGACUUAGAUGAUGAUCAGAUCAUAUUUUAUGACCAAUUUGUGCAGAAAUCCAUAUCAUUCCAAAGGGUUCACAUACUUUUUCUUGCAACUGUACUUUAUCUCACAGACAUAGACUACAAAUAUUGGGGUCCACAAGCAGCUGAACAAGGCACCCUACAACUCCUAUGUGCACCCACAUGCUAUAAAUUACAAUUAAAUUAAAAUACAAGUUCAGUGCAAGUCAUUUGGGAAAAGCACGCUGCUGCUCCAUCCAUUCCAAGUGGGCAUGUUGCAGGAGGAGCCUUGCAGUGGCAAGUCACUUUAAGACUUGACUAGUAAGCAUUGUAGAUUAUAUUAUUAGCCCUAUUGUAACCAUAAGUAAUUUAAUGUCAACACUGAAGUUUUUGAACAAACUUAGCUAAGCAAUGUGCAUACUUUUUUUUUAUUAUUAUUAUUCUUUAUUUUUGUGGUGCAAAUAGUUAACACAAGCUCUUGCCAUGCCCCAACAGCAGGUACAAAAUUGGUAAAAUACACAUAUGAACACGUUUAAGGCAUAGAGGGUCACUGCACACAUGUUUUGCAGUUAAGUAGCUAGGUCACAGGGGAGUCAAAUAUGUCUAGAGUACAAAGCAUAACAUAAGAUGUGAUCUAUGUGAGUUACGUAGACAUGUGAGUGAGUGUGAGACAAGCUGGUGAAGCAUAAGUGUCAGCAGAGUAAAAUAAUAAACAAGUAAAUUAACACGUGUCAAUGUAAGAUUAAUUGGGAACAGGCUAUCUGAACGCAUGCCUAAUGAGUGCUGUAUAAUAUUAUAAAAACAUAAAAGUACAAUAUAAAAUAAUCAUGCUGGAUCUCGGUAAGGAGCUUUAAAGAAGAUGUCACCCUGGUUACUUGAGCUGGUUCAAGCCCAAGUCCUCACAGAAGGGAGCAGUCUCAUGAUUAGCCGAUUCCUGCUCUGCCGUGUCGGUGUAGCAGGGAGCGAGUGUCUGCCUGGGCAGGAAUCUGGGCACAGUCCAGCAAUGCUUUUAGUUGAAUUCCUCGCUGGGCUCCAUUGGGCUGCAGCCGUGGUAAGUUGGGCCUGCCAUAUUUGUUAAUCAGGAGGCUAGUGUCCGCCAAUGCAGGAAGCUGAACGUUGUCCGAGAAAACUUGCCGCUUUUUUUUCGCGCUGAUUUUUUUUGGGCCGUCAUAAUACAAGAUGGGUGUAAGGUGAUUAUGGGGUCGGCCCCUUUGCAGGAGUAACUUGCUUGGCGGCAGGGUCGGUUGUCCCUGAUGGCAAAGGUCAUUGUGUGGUGUUCCGUUUCUUCGGUGCAGCCGCUUUCAGCAGCUUGGUUGGAUCGCCUGCCCUGCUCGCCACUGGUUUGGAUUGCUGUGGGGACAGGUGAGGGUUCUUCCAUCUGUUUGUGUUGCAGGGUAGGAAGGCUGCAAGCCCAUCAAGCUUGUGCCCAGGAGCCGCUCUGGUUGCUGUGAGUGCGGGGAGAGAGCAGGUCUUCCUUCUGCCUCCUGUGCACAUGGCGCCCGCCAUUUUAGAUGUACCGCUCUGGCCGCAGAUCAAGGUGGUGUUGCUGGGCCUUAGUUACGUUGCCGCGGUCGGGGCCACAGGGUGAGGACCGGGAUCACCCCCGCCGGUCCAUAGGGGGGGAGACAGGGCCAGGUCCACGCGGGUUUGGGUCUCUGGCUUUGCUCUGUUAGGCAGAAGUGCUGGGCAGCGGCCGUCCAUCCCAUCACCACCGGAGAAGGCCCCAACUGGGACAUAGAAGAUUUCUCCUCCAGGGGACUGAAGCUCGAAGAGCCAGCCUCUCCCUGGAUCCAGUGUUCCCUUUGUGCUGAGGACCAUCGCUGUUGGUCUGUUUUUAAGUUGAAAAACGUUUUUAAAGCUUAAACGUUGAUAUGUUGCAGGAGCUGAUCUUGCUUGCGACCGUCCAGCUCGGCGGUCCGCCCCCCCUGCAAUGUGCAUACUUUUACUGUGACAAAAGCAUACUUAGUAAUUAGUGUUAGAUAAUUAUCUGGUUUACUUAAUUUCAGUGCCUAUUAAUUAACAUCAAUAGAUACAUACUGCAUUCAAAAUUAUUUGUUCUCUAUAAACCUUUCUCUAGCAGAUAGGAAUUUCUUAGGAUGUCCACAGAUGCUUUGGUCAAUUGCUCUGUAAUUGUUUCCUACUGGCUGCAGUAACCUGGGAGUGCCUUACACAGCCAGUAGGAAAUCUUCUGGGGGGCAUGCUGGAAAGGGAAUCCAGAUAUAAUUGUAGGUAACACUGCUUCAAUCCUGCCAAAAUUGAUGAAAUGAGUACUUCAUGCAAUAAUAUGUAUAUUAUUCUCGUUAUUGCUCAGUUUACGUAAUAGUAUAAUCUGAUGGGUCAUUAAAACCUCUAUUUUCUAAUUUAAAAAAAAUAAAAUUAUGUGAUAACAAGUGUGUCUGGACAUCUCACAAUGUUCAUAAUCAACCUUUUUUUUUUUUUUUUUUUAAGGUUUGCAGGGGAAAAAAGUAAAAGCUGAGGAAACUGUGGAACCUCUUGUCAUGAUUCCAGUCCAUCCGUUGUCCUCCAUUAAUAAAACAAAAGACCAAAAUCCUACUGGACAGAAGUAUUUUUCCCAUCCUGUUACAGAACCCAACUACAACUCAAGCUCCUCACCCAGUAGCAUUUCUGGAAUGAGUAACAUGAAACAAAAUGCAGAGCAGCCUUCAUGUUCCUCACAUCUUUUCUCUUUGAACACGCAUGUCAGUACGCCAGUUGUUCCAACUCAAGAGAGGCAUGCAGUAUCUUCAAUUACUGCCAAUAUGAAUAUUGCGCCUGUUACGGAAGUACCUAUUACAGGACGUGUCACUGACACACAGGAGACAUCUUCCACCAUUAACUCAAAUAAGCCACCUUUAGAAUCACCAUCGUCAAGCAAUGCAACUGGGAAAACCUCCAACACUCUUACUCCAGAUAUAUUAAAGCUACUGAAAGGGAAAGAUAUUGACUCUGUGAUUACAUGCCUCAAAGCCUUAGCUCCCUUUUACCCUGCUCUUCAAGGUAGGUGUCUCUUUUCUGUAAAAUAAUAAAAUGAAAAAUUAUUUUUGUCUUGAUUCAAGUCUGUGUUAAAGAAACACUCCAGGCAUAUCAAUCACUUCAGCUUGCUGAACCCUUCUCCAGCUGUCCUUAGGCUGCCAGGGACGUUUUCUUCCUCUUCCAUUAGUCCCAGCUCAUUGAGAAACAUUGGAAACCCAUGGCUCCAGCUAACAGGCUUCUCAGUGAGCAGGUCUGCAGAUUUUACAAACUGUUUUUUUUUCUUCUUAUAUGCUGCCCAAAUAAAAUAGCCAAAAAACAAGCAAUACAUGCAUGUUUUCUUUGGCAGUAUAUCUACUAAAUACUGUCAGUGCAACUGCAUCCUCUUACAGCACUAUACAGCUUUUAUCCCAUCAAACCCUGCUCUCCUCGUUGGUAUUAUACUUGGUUAUAUUCUAUUACUGAGUAUACCAGAUAUUUACCCUCUGCAUCCCAUUCCAAUCUUUACCAACCUCUAGUUUGCCGUUGACCAUAUUUCCUGAUUCCAGUGAUCUCAAAUGAGAAGAAAGAUGCACUUUCAGGGCCGGUGCAAGGAUUUUUGCCUCCCUAGGCAAAAAAAAUUGCCGUCUCCCCCCAUAUGUCCUGCCCAACAUGUGACAUCACAAUGCCCCACCCAUAUGCUCUGCCAUAUGGUCCAAUGCCAGUACUGCACAAAGUGUCUUUUAUCUGAAAAAGCAGUGUGUUUAUAUUAAAAAGCCUGCAGGCACAUGCUAUAGACACCAGAACCACUACAUUAAUCUGUAGUGCUUCUGGUGACUAUAGUGGCCCUAUAAUGUGAGGUAAAUUAGAGAUUAGUGCCACUAAUAAUAUAUUGGAUUGCCUUCUUACCACCAGAUGAGGACAAGAGGAUGAUGAUGGGCUCAGGCUGCAGUUUGGCUCCACAGGACUGGUGUAGAAGAUGCUCUCUGGAGACUGUUUGUAACAGUGCUCACAACAAUUAAUGAACAGGAAGCAGCUCCAUUUUUUUUGGGCCCCUUACACAGCUCAAGGUCUGGGCCCCCAGGGCCUGACCAUGAGUAUGCCUGCAAGACCCACCCAUAAAUUCACCUACAUGGCCCACCCAUGAGUUCUCUCACAGGGAGUGGAGUGUAUGUGGGUAGGUAAUGUUUUAUGUGUUAUUGUAGAGGAUGUAAUGUUUGUGUGUUCUUAUGGAAUGUAGUGUAUAGGGAUAUCAAUUUGUGUAAGGGAUGUAGUGUGUGUGUGUAGGGGAUGCAGUGUGUGUUUGUGUGUAAGGAAUGCAUUGUAUGUUUAUGUGUGUGUGUAAGGGAUUCAAGGUGUGUUUCUGUGUAUGUAAUUUAAUGCAGUGUGUUUCUGUAAGGAGUGCACUGAGUAUGUGUAAGAGAUGCAUUUUGUUUCUCUGUGUGUAAGAGAAUCAGUGUGUGUGUGUGUGUGCUCCUAAGGGAUGCAUUGUGUGUUUCGAUGUGUCUGUGUGUGAGUAGGAAUGCAUUCUAUAUGUGUGUAGUGUAAAAGAGAGGGUUUGUGGGGUAGGGUAGGGUAGGGUAGGGACUCAGAGGGGAGCAGCUCUUUAUUUAAAAAUGUUUUUGUUUUUAUAGUGCUCUCCCCUCCUGUCAAUUAGUGAUCUCCCCUUCCCUCCUGUCCCUCAGUGAUCUCCCCUUCCCUCCUGUCCCUCAGUGUUCUCCCCUCCUGUCUCUUAGUGCUCUCUCCUCCCCUCCUGUCCCUUAGUGCUCUCCCUUGGCCCCCAGUCCUGCAUUCCUCCCUUGGUGGUCUUCUAACUUCCCCCUUAGUGGUCCUUAUCCUCUUCCACCCCCCCCCCUUCAGUGGUCCCCCCCCCUUAGUGGUCAACCCACCCCCUUAGUAGUACUCCCUCUCACCCGUCUCUCCCAAACCAGUGGUCCUUCCCUCCCCCAUCCCUUAGUGGUCCUUUUCCCCUCUCUUCACCCCCACCCCUUAGUGGUGCUUCCCCUUCUCCCCCACCCCUUAGUGGUCCUUUUCCCUUCCUCCGCACUCCUUGAGUGGUCUUCCCCCCCACCCCUUUAGUGGUCAUUUCCUCCUUGUCCCCCCACCCACUUAGUGGUCCUUUCCCCUUCUUCCCCUACCUAUGUAGCGUGGCCGGGCGGCGCAGAGGGAAGUGAAGCUUCCUGUCCCGUGUUCCGCGCUGCCUGGCCACGCUACAUUAAGUGACUGGCAGGAGGGAGCGUUGUGCGCUUCCCUCCUGCCGGUCACUCAAAUCUGGCAACCCCCGGGCUGGUGCGCCCUAGGCAACUGCCUAAGUCGCCUAUAGGAUGCGCCGGCCCUGUGCACUUGUAAAAUAAGUAGGUAUCAUAUUACAUAACAUUGAGUGUUUCAAAGAUAUAGCUUGGCCACAAGCUCUUUUGCAUAGUAAAACACUAAUUAUCUUGAUAACAUUGUACAAAAUAUUUAAACAACUUGAAAAAAGUUUCACUAGUUAUCGUUCAAGCUUGGAAUACAACGGUUGUUUGUGUGUGCUAAUAAUACUUUUUAUUUCUUUUAUUUCAGAUGUGAACAUUGAAAUGUUUGCUCAGGUGCUUGCUAAUGUUGGGGCAUUAGAGUGA